CCUCAGCUGUAAAAUGAAGGAGUUGGACUAGAUGACUUCUGAGGCCACUUGCAGCACUAAAUCUACAAUCCUAUGAACCUCUGAACUCUAGAACCUAGAAGAACCUUAGCUUUAAGCAGAGUCCUCUGCCCUAGAUACUGGAUCUAACUGCCUUUUUGUGCUUAGAGAGAAAUCACCCUCACCUGCAGUUAAAUAUUAGGUUCUGUUUACAAAGAAAGGACUUUAACCUGAGAAACUGAACAUUUCUCUUCUCAAAAUUGACCUGUUUUUAUCCCCUCACGAUCCUCUUAACAUCCUCGUUUUCUUGUGUUCAGUCAGUCCCUGGGUCUCUCUCUCUCCAUCCUGGAUAAUGACUCUCCUUUUGUCUUUCUGUCGGAGUUUGCAGAUGCUUUGGAAGAACAGACUGUAUCAGGGAUCAUGUCCCAGGAACCAAACAUUCUCUGUUUUAUAUUCCUACUUCCACUUUAGUAAGAAAGAGCAAAGAUAUUUUUCUCUUACUUUACCAUUUCUACAAAAUAACAAAGCAACUAAAUUGCUGAUUUCCAAGGCCAUAUCUAGUAGUAAGAGUGGUAAGAAUAAAAGUAAGCAAGAGUCUUCUGUUUCUCCUCAUCCCUUGUUUUCAGCUGGAACUGCUAAGAAGAAAUCAGAGGUGCUUGGAUAUAAGAAAGAUCAACAACACUCUUUUCCCUUUAGCAGCCCUGUGUUACUCCCAACAAAACCUUUGAAUUCAGAAGAAUGGGACAAAGUAAAGGAAAAUUUUGAACAAAAAGACAUUUUUGAAAAUUGGAUGAUGGCACAGAUGGUCAAAUAUAAUUCCUCUAUAGAUAUCGCAAAAUCCCUGCUGUCUUGGAUAGCCAGAAAAAAUAAUGGUAAUGUGGGAUAUAAGCUACUUAUUGGGUACUUGACUUUGUGUGUUUCUCAGAGACAGACAACAGAGGUUAUUGAUGUCUAUGAAAUUAUGAAGACCAGGUACAGAACUCUAGAACCUGAAGGUUAUACUCUUCUCAUCCGGGGAUUAAUCCAUUCAGAUCAGUGGAGAGAGACCCUAAUCCUGUUAAAAGACAUCAAAAAAAUCAUGUCUCCUUCAAAAAAGAAUUAUGGUGACUGUAUCAAAGGAGCCCUUCUUCACCAAGAAGUGAACUUAGCUUGGAAUCUGUAUCUUGAAAUGCUUAAUCAUAGAAUAAUUCCUAAUUGGGAAACUUUUCAAGCUUUCUUUGACUUUGCAAAAGGUGUAAAGAAUAAUCAAUUUGAAGGAAGACUCUUAGACAUCCUUUUAUAUCUAAAACACAACCAAAUGUAUCCCACUGAACCGUUUGCCCAGAGUAUAAAAGCAUGGUUUGAGAGUAUUCCUGAGAAAAAAUGGAAAGGAGAAUCUGUUACCAUUCAUAAGAGUGGGCAUUGUUCAGCCUGUGGAAGAAUGUUAGAGUCUAUUCACUUGAACUCAGAAGAAUAUGAAUUUCUUAAGCAGAGAGUCUUGAAAGAUGUGCUUGAUGGAGGUGACCAAUACAGAAAAACAACACCCAAGGAAAUUAACAGAUUUGUAAACUUUAUUAAAAGUUGCCCUCCUUUUGAUAUUGUGAUUGAUGGACUCAAUAUUACCAAAAUGUUUCCUAAAAUUCGUGAAUCUCAAACUCUUCUUGAUGUGGUCUCUCAAAUAACAAAACAGAAUCUUCAAGUGCUUGUCCUGGGUCGGAGGCACAUGCUAAACGGAAGUUCCAGGUGGCAAAAGAAUGAAAUGGCAGCUGUGCAGAACAUGGCCUACUGCUUCUUUGCUGAUAACGUUUCAGAAGAUGAUGCCUUCCUAUUAUAUGCCACUCUGCACUCAGGGAACCACUGCAGAUUUCUUACCAGAGAUCUGAUGCGGGACCACAAAGCCUGUUUGCCUGAUGACAAGACUCGACAUCUAUUCUUUAGGUGGCAGCAGGGACAUCAACUUGUGUUCCUCAACUAUUACCCAGGAAAAAAGAUCAUUUUUCAGUCUGUUCUCACCUAUGAUACAGUGGUACAGACAACAGGAGACUCAUGGCAUAUACCAUAUGAUGAAAACAUGGUGGAAAGAUAUUCCUAUGAAAUACCAACUAAAUGGCUUUGCCUUCAGCAACAAAACUGAGGCUUCUAGCCUGGACUGGGUGGCCUCUGAGUGCCCUUCCUGCUCUAGAUAGUGAUCUUCACUAAACGUCUAGGUAGCAUUUUGGCUACUGCAAAACAAAGUGGUUCUCAUACAGGAUAGAUAAUCCAAGACUGGAGCUCUGCAUAUGCUCUGGAAAAGAAGAAAAUAUAUUACUUUGCCUAUUCAAACAAAUCUACAAUUUUAAUAAGUGGUUUUUAAAUUAAAUGAAACAUUUAAUCUUCAUUUCAAAUUACAUUUUCCCCAAGACUUCCCUUCUGCUGUACAUUCUGCUGUAUUUUAUAAAUUUGAUGAUUAUAGAUAUUUGGUGCUGCCCAACAAUAA